AUGUCGAAGGACUCUCCUAUAGGCUUGGACACAAUUUUGAAGCAGCUUGGAUCCUUUGGGCGAUAUAAUAUUGUGAACUAUGCGUUGUUGUUGUUUCCCAUUUAUUUGGCGGGCAUGUACGGAUCAGUUUUUGUCUUCGAAGCCUCGGAUAUAAAUUACAGAUGCCAAAUUCCGGAAUGCGAAAGCUACAACUCAAGCCUGUGGCUUACGAAUGCCAUACCAAAAGAAAAAGACACUCUGUCGAAAUGUACAAGAUAUCACUUUAGGGAAAACAACGUUACCGGUGCUUGCGAUGCUGACAGUUUUGACAGGGAUGUUAUCGAAAAGUGUCAAUCUUUUGUUUAUGAAGAUGAAGAUUCAGCUGUCAGAGACUUCAACCUCGGCUGUCAAAACUGGAAGCGUACUCUUGUUGGCUCAAUACACAACGCAGGUCUCUUCAUAUCCCUACCAGCUACUGGAAUCAUUUCUGAUAAAUACGGAAGACGAGUGGCGUUGUCCAUAGCGUCAUUAAUGAAUGGCAUUUUCGGGCUUGCAAGAUCUUUCUCCCCCAAUUACUUCACGAUGGUCACUUUGGAGUUCUUGGAAGCCGCUUUAGGAGCUGGUGCUUAUAGUACCGCUUUUGUUCUGGCUAUGGAAUUAGUCGGACCAAAAGGUAGAGUGUUCGGAAAUACAUUGAUUAACGCAGUUUAUGUUCUUGGAUUGAUGACGUUGUCAAGUCUAUCGUGGUGGUUUCAAAGCUGGAGGGUAUUAUUACGAGUAAUAUAUGCCCCAGCUUGUUUAGUAUUCUCUUAUUUAUGGAUAUUAAACGAGAGCGUCAGAUGGUUGAUCAGCAAAGGCAGAAAUUACGAAGCAGCUUCCAUUCUAAGGAAAGCAGCGAAAAUGAACAAAGUUGAAAUAUCAGAAGAAUUACUAUCUCCCCUUUAUGAGUUAGAUAAGAAAAUUGACACUGAUGAUGGAAUUAAAACUGCUGAAGAAAACAACGUUGCUAAUAAAAAGUCAAAUUUAUUACAAGUUAUCAAAUCGCCUAUAAUAAGGCAACGGGUUUUUGUGUGUUCUUUUCUAUGGACAACAUGUACAUUUGUUUACUAUGGACUGUCAAUAAAUUCAGUUUCGCUAGCAGGAAAUAAAUACGUAAACUUUAUGUUAGUAGGCUUAGUGGAAAUUCCUGCAAAUUUCAUAUGUUUGUUGGUGCUCGACAGAUUCGGAAGGAAAAAGACUUUAAUUAUAACUUACUUGUUGAGUGCGUGUUUGUGCAUCAGUUUAUCAUUCCUGCCAAAAGAUCACAAAUGGUGGGCUCUAAUCUUGUACCUGAGUGGCAAGUUUUCCAUCACAGUGGCGUACAGUUCUGUCUACAUUUAUGUGUCUGAAGUAUUCCCAACGAAUGCACGACAGUCACUGUUGGCUGUUUGCUCUUCAUUGGGGAGAAUUGGAUCUACUUUAGCACCUUUAACGCCUUUGUUGGCACUCUACUACCAGAACCUUCCAUCAAUAUUCUUCGGAACUAUGGCGCUGGUAGCGAGUUUCAUGGUGUUCAGCCUUCCAGAAACCAUCAACGUUCCACUUCCUGAUACCAUUGAAGAAGCUGAAAGAAUAUCUAAAACACCUAAGGAAUAUGCGUAGAUUUUUUUGAAACGGCUACCAACUACAAAACUGCGUAGAAUACUUCCUUAUUUUUAAAACAAGACGCCUUUUUAAGACUGCCAAGUUUUUGAUCCAUUUUAGUUCUUCAGUUAUUUUUCCUUCGAAGUUCUUAAUACAGUCGGUAAACUAAAUAAGGCAGUCAUUACACUAAUCGACGUAGAAUCGGCUUGACGCGAUCAUAUUUUACCAAACUUGUCGUAUGAAGGCGAUUCUCACCUUCGGAGUAGUUCGGCCAUCUAUACAGCCAUUCGGACUUCAACGCUGUCUGCGCAUGACAGCGUUUAAGUCAAGUCCUUUGGUGCCCAAAUAAAAUCAGUGUGACAAUUGUUACAAUGGAAGCCCUCAGUUUUCGACAAGAAAUUGUAAAAAGCUAUUUUAUAAGCAUAAUAGAUUAUAAGAUUUUUCCCAAUUAAACAACAUUCCAUUGCUCAAUCGAAUGUACAACCAAAGAAUAAUAAACAAUUAUCGGUUUCAAACCAUAUUAUCUACAAAUGCAUAAUAUAUCUCAAAAUCUAUUUUUUUUUACUAUCUCAAACUAGUAAUUUAUAUAAAUGCACAUGGUUUUAUACAGUACAUACAAUGUUCGUAAUAGUUUUUAAUAAAAAUAUAACAUAUUAAAUUAAAAUUUAAAAAACCUCCGACACAAAACAGUGUACACCAAAACAUGUGAUCGUUAGCGUGGCGUUAACUCGUCGAAACCAAUUAGCCCAAACACAAUUGUUCUACUAAGUACAUGUUUUUUUAUGAGACCAAGUGACGGAACAAGCAAGUCGCUCACCCGAUGGUAAGUGACACGCCUGUCUAUACCAGUUGCGGUACCACUCAGUGAUUUAAAUCAUAAAGAUCUGAAGGGCACUGCCACUGCGGCCGUCACCUUGAGACAUAAUUUGACAAGUCCCACGUGCCUGUAACUUCACCAGCAUCCUUACCCCUCAUAACCGGAACGCACAAGCUCACAUUAUUGCCUGGUGGCAGAAAUAGGUAAGGCGAGUAGCCUACAACAGACAUGUAAGUUUGAAACCAAUGUUUUUCCUUAUAAACUACGCGUCUUUCUGAAAGACUCCAAAAGUUAAUUCGUUUCCCCUCCCACUUCGUCCAACACCACCCCGCCCUCGCCAGCUGAGUGCCGUUACCACAGCAGUUACAACACUGUAAAUGUCAAUCAUUGACUUACAAUUAUAUGGACGUCGGGUCCGCACUAAAAAGUGUCCGAACUUAUAGGGCGUUAAAAUCGUAUACAGAGCGUCAUUCACGCUUUAGUCUUCGUUUGUUC